ACAAUCAAUGGUGCACGCCCCCGGAAUAUUAUCUUGAGCCUCAAUAUUUAAUCGUAAAACCGUGACCAAAAGGUAUACGACAUUGCAGUUAUUAAAUGGUCAUAAUCUAGUCUGUACAUAUACACUGUCCAAUCACAACUCCUUGGUCUAACGCAGUGUGAAGACAGGUGCAUACGCGGUCGUCGUUAAAAUUAAUAUACAAUUUCGCUCGUGCAUGUGAAGCCUGGGAGUCUGGCCAGGAUAGGUCGUCGUUGGACUAGUUGAAUCGUAGCAGGGUCUGUUCUACAGGGAUCUAAACUAACUAAAGGAGCCAUGUUUGGAAGAUUGGUGAACCGGUGCGUUUCAGGAGUUGUAAGGCGACAGCCAGUGGUUGGAACCCGUAGGCAAGUCGUUCCCCUGAUGUCACAAUGUUCGAAUUCGGCUAGUUACCAUUCUAAAAUAACAACCAUUAGCUCCUCCUCAGAGAUGCCAAAGUUGAUGACCUACGAAAAUGGUGAACGGGCCCAGCCAACCUUCCCACGCGCCGAGAUGCAACGCCGUGUCAACGCCCUCCGAAGCCACAUGCUCGAUCAGGGAAUCGAAGGCGUACUCCUGACGUCAAUGCACAACAUCAAAUACUUCUCCGACUACCUCUACUGCAGCGUCGGUCGUCCCUACGGGCUCGUCAUCACCAUGGACAAGGUGGUCAACAUCGCUGCCCUCGUCGACAGCGGCCAGGCCUGGCGGAGAUCACCCGUGAGCGACGAUGUGGUCAUCUACACGGAUUGGCAUCGCGACAACUUCUGGAGCGCCGUUCGGCACCUGCUCGGCAACGCUUCGGGGAAGAUCGGAGCCGAAUUUGAUCAUAUACCUCAUGGAGGGAAACUAAAGUUAGAACAAGCUGUAUCUCGAGACGACACCGUUGAUGUUGGCAUACCCAUCAUGCAGAUGCGAAUCAUCAAGUCCCCCGAGGAGAUCGCCCUCGUCACAGAAGGCGCCCGCAUCGCCGACUUGGGCGCAGAAGCUGUGGUGUCUGCAAGCGUAGAGGGCGCUAUGGAAUACGAGGUCGCCCAGCAUGCCACGACGGUCAUGAUGCGAGAGGUGGCCAAAUCGUUCCCGGACUCGGAGAUUCGGGAUACUUGGUCCUGGGUGCAGUCUGGUCCUAUCAACUCAGACGGCGCACACAACGCGACCACGACACGGCAACUCAUCAAAGGUGACGGCAUCGUCCUUAACGUCUUCCCUAUGAUAGCCGGCUAUUUCUCGGCGCUAGAACGAACCCUUUUCUUGAACCACGUGCCUUCCGACCGCCAUCUUGAAGUGUGGCAGGUCAAUUGCGACGUUCACCGCCGCGGUAUGGAGCUCAUCAAGCCUGGUGUCAAAUGCUGCGACGUCGCGCUCGAGUUGAACGAGAUGUACCGGGAAAAGAACCUACUCCAGUACAAGAGCUUCGGCUACGGACACUCCUUCGGGGUCCUGUCGCACUACUACGGCCGCGAAGCUGCUCUUGAGUUGAGGGAAGACAUCGAGACUGUUAUACAGCCCGGUAUGGUGCUUUCCAUGGAGCCACAUCUAACGAUACCAGACGGACAACCUGGUGCAGGAGGCUACAGGGAGCAUGAUAUCAUGGUUGUGACUGAAGAGGGCGCCGCUUCGAUUACUGGAUUUCCUUACGGACCAGAACAUAACAUUAUCCACCAAUGAUUGAUUAAUUAAUCUGUUGCUGACCGAUUGAUUCCUUCAUUGAUUCGUUGAAGGGGUCAGGAUCAUAUGUAGAAUUUUUAUCAAAGGUUGUCAUGGUAAAUCAUAAAUAGUCUUGAAAUGAUUUUUAAAGAAUAAAAUGAGGGAAAUUCGAAAAAAAUCUGGACAAGAAAUUUUGAUAUAAGAAAAAUGGUAACACGAAAUAAUUAUUGACAUUUUGAUAUCAAUAUCGUCAUAUCUACACCUUGUUUUUAAAAGACUGUUAAACAAAGUAAAACUUUGAAAUGUUCAAAAGCGAUAUAUAAA